AUGAUAAAGGACAGCGGACGCACGGGUGUCGUGCAUAAACACGACCCCAACAAGACGUUCAGCAUAACGAUGACAGGCAAUGGCUCCGAGCCUCCCUUUUCAAACAAGGGCCUGGUGUUGCCACACUUUGGUCGUCUGAGAAUAAUCAUUCCAUGCGGCCUCGACGUUGCCAACGCCCAGCCACAGCUCUACACCAACUACCCGACGACACAGGCAUCGGCCUUUGUCCGUGACAGGUUCGACGUGGUGGAGCGCGCCUCCAAGGAGUACAACGGACGCUGCGACAUCUACUUUGAGCUGCACAUCCUCCGAUACGGCUGCUUCGACUACUACCUCGAGUGGACCGACCCCGUCAAGAAGGUUGUGAAGCGCGGCACCAUCGCCUCGUUCCAACUCUAUCCCGAGCUGGCAAUCAAUGGCCGCACAGUGCCAAACGACAGCAUCGUGCUACAGACCGUGCUGACUAAGUGUCUCGGCCCUCUAUCUAACUGGGAGACACACAUCGCCGCUGCUUCCAACACUGGCUACAACAUGAUACACUUCACGCCCGUGCAGGAGGUCGGUGUUUCGGGCUCAUGCUACUCAAUCUACGACCAGCUCGCACUGGCCAGCUCGUUGUUCGAGCCUGGCAAGGCACCAGCCAACGAGGAAGCUCGCAUGGCUGCACUCGAUCAGGUGAUCAAGCUGGCCGAGUCCAAGUAUGGAGUGCUGAGCAUGAUCGACCUCGUCUGGAAUCACACGGCAAACAACGCAGCCUGGCUCAGACAACAUCCCGAGGCGUCAUACAACAUCGACAACUCACCACAUCUCAAGCCGGCCAUCGUACUGGAUGACGCACUCGUCCAGUACUCUAAGCACAUCGAGGGCACAGUGGUGAGCGAAGUGGGACUGGACACACUCAUGCUGCGACUCACAGAGAACUGCAUUAGUCCUCUCAAGCUUUGGGAGUAUUACGUGUUGGACGUGCAGCGUGAGAUCGACGUGUUCAAGAAGCACUUCCCAACCGAGCCCGAGCAGACAACCGAAGCGAUGUCUCCCGCCGCACAGCUUUUGAUCUCCCCCAAGAGCGCCAACGCCGACCUCGUCAACCAGAUCCAGAAGAAGGGCCUAGUGCGCGACGCCAGCUACGAGCGCUACUCGCUGGCCAUCGACACGGACUUCACCUUCAAGAUGCUCAGCACCAACCCCACGUUCAAGCUCUACACAUACGAGGAGAAGAAGCAAAAGUAUGAGGACCUGCUGCGUCUGAUCAAUCUGAACCUGUACCGCGACUAUGACGCCGAUCACGACGCCAUUAUCAACAACAUUCGCGAGAGGCUCAAGUACGAACGACUGGCUGAUCACGGCCCCAAGCUGGGCCCCGUCACCGCCGACCGUCCACUACUCUCCAGUUACUUCACACGUAUUGAGGUCGCGGGCAAUGGCGGUGCGACUCGCACACUCCACUUGGCCAACAAUGGAUGGAUCUACAACCACAACCCGGUGAUCGACUUUGCCAGCAAGCAGUCGCGCGCCUACAUGAGGCGAGAUGUCAUUGUCUGGGGCGACUGUGUCAAGCUCAGAUAUGGCCAGUCACCACUGGACAACCCUUGGCUGUGGGAUCACAUGAGGACGUACACUGAGAGGAUGGCCACACACUUCCACGCGAUCAGAAUCGACAACUGCCACAGCACACCAAUCCACGUCGCCCAAUACCUGCUGGACGCGGCCAGGACUGUGCGCCCAACAAUCUACGUCACUUGUGAGCUGUUCACAGGCUCAGAAGAAGCCGAUGGCGAGUUUGUCAAGCGACUCGGUAUCAACUCAUUGAUCCGUGAGGCUAUGGUGUGCCACGACAGCUGGGAGCUCGGCCGUGUGUGCCAUCGCUAUGGAGGCAAUGCUGUUGCCUCUUUCGUCGUGCCACCCUCGGAGGACACUCAUCUCUACACCGCCACGCCACAGUCAUAUGGUAUCAAGCCAUUGAAACCUGUGUUGCCGCCCGCUCUAUUCAUGGACUGCACACACGACAAUCAGACUCCAAAUCAAAAGAGGACGAUCGAGGAUACGCUGCCAAACUCGGCUGUCGUCUCCAUGACUGUGAGCGCCAUUGGAAGCACACGUGGCUACGAUGAGAUCUUCCCUGAGACUGUCGACCUCGUCAAUGAGAAGCGACAAUACACCAAGCAGAGCGAUUUCAACCGCGGACUGCUGCCCAUCAAGAAGCUGCUCAACAAUCUGCACGUGGAGCUUGCCGACCACAAGUACUCCGAGGUGCACAUCCACCAGGAGCACAACGUCAUCAUGGUGCAGAGGUUCUCUCCCUCGCUCAACAAGUCCGUCUUCCUCAUUGCCCACACAGCAUUCGCCGAGCCCGCGGUGGUCGAUGGCCAGGCCGAGGAGCUCAAGCUGCCCGACGUGCUCCAGAUCCCGUGCAAGAUCACCGAGUUCGUUGUUGGCGCUCGCAUCACCAGACAUGAAGGCUGGCACAGAAACGACAACUACCUCACUGGAGUCGACAUCGAUGUUGAGGCACAUUAUGGCGAUCGCGUAUUCGAGAAGUACUGCUACAUCGAGUCGGACUACAGUCUCGAAAGGAACCUCCAACUCAAACUUAAGGACUUCCCUCCAGGUGCAAUCUUGAUAUUCCGCGCAGAGGUACCACAAGAGUGCAGGAGUGCAAUGGAUCAGCUCACAAACAUACUGUCGGAUAUCACUUCGUUGGAGGCUUCACUCAAGCCCUACACACUGCUCGACAUGAACUUUGCCUUGUUCAGACACUCGGAAGAAGAGAAGGUGACGGAUGGCAGCCACGGCUACUCUAUCCCCAACUAUGGCACACUCCAAUUCUGUGGCAUCCAAGGCUUUGCAACGAUUCUCAAUCGUGUACUCGAGUGGAACGAUCUUAGCCACCCACUGUGCAACAACCUGCGCGAUGGCAAUUGGGCGAUGGACUUCAUCGUGUCACGUCUCAAGACCCGCGAGCAGUUCAGCCCACUGUGCGAGUGGCUCAACAGUUGUUUCUGGUUGGUCAAGCAGCUGCCCCGCCACUUCAUUCCCAAGUACUUUGGACAGGUCGUGCUUACAGCCUAUCGCUGCCUCGUCGACCACACCAUCUCCUUAAUGUCUCCAUUUGUCCAGAACGGUAACUGGUUCGUCCACGCACUGGCCUUGGCAUCGUUGCAGUUCUACGGCGUGUGCACACCACUGAUCAAGAACCCCAAGGUGCUGGAGGGCUACCCACACCAAGACGCCUCCCUUGCCGCUGGCUUCCCCCACUUCUGCUCUGGUUACAUGCGCAGCUGGGGCCGAGACACAUUCAUUGCCAUCAGGGGUCUCAUGCUCACAACCGGUCGCCUCCAAGAGGCCAAGCAACUCAUUGUUGGCUAUGGCUCAAGUCUUCAGUUUGGACUGAUUCCCAACUUGUUGGAUAGUGGCACGCGUCCCCGCUACAACGCCCGUGACAGCACAUGGUGGUACUUGAGGAGUCUACAGGAUCUUGCCGAGCUGCUCACCAGUGAUGAAGAGCGCAGGGACUUCCUAAACACAAGGGUGACGAGGCUCUUCCCUGUGUCGCCUGAUCAACCUACGACAUCUAUCGAGGACAUCAUUCAGGAGAUCGUCCAGAGCCAUGCAAAGGGCAUCAACUUCCGUGAGCCAUUUGCUGGAAGGGACAUUGAUGAUAAGAUGAAGGACGAGGGCUUCAACAUUAACAUCAGUGUUAACAAGGAGAAUGGAUUCAUCUAUGGUGGCAACAAAUCAAACUGUGGCACAUGGAUGGACAAGAUGGGCGAGUCUGGCAAGGCUGGCAACUACGGCGACCCCGCCACUCCCAGAGACGGUGCACCUGUCGAGAUCACCGCCAUGGUCUUCUCCACGGUCAAGUGGCUGGCAGUACUCAAUCAACGUGGCCUCUACAAGUACUCUGGCGUCAAGCUUGGCGACUCUCAGGAGGAGCUGUCCUACAAGAACUGGCAACAGCUCAUUCAGGACAACUUUGAGAAGUUCUACUACAUCCCUGGCUCGUCCGAGGACAAGAAGUUCAAGGUCAACUCCUCAUACAUCAGACGCAGAUAUAUCUACAAGGACACGGUCGGCAGCAGCGCUCAGUACACCGACUAUCAGUUCCGUCCUAACUUCCUCGUGUCGAUGACGUUUGCACCAGAGCUGUUCUCUAGGGAGCAUGCAGUCAAGACACUGGAGCUGACCAAGACCUUCCUUUUGGGACCCCUCGGUGUCAAGACUCUUGAUCCAAACGACACCGACUACCACCCCAACUACGACAACUCUCUGGACACUGAGUACAGACCAACAGCGCGUGGUUUCAACUAUCACAAUGGGCCAGAGUGGCUGUGGCUCUAUGGAUUCUACUUGGACAGUGCCCACAAGUUCCUCAACUACUCGGCUUCGACCACAUCACACAUUGUCGAGAACCUACUGCUUAAGCACAAGUCGUACAUCCUCCAAUCAUCGUACGCUGCAUUGCCAGAGCUCACCAACCGUGAUGGCAACUUCUGUAAGGACAGUUGCGACUCGCAGGCCUGGUCCAUUGGCACACUCCUAUCUGCACUCUACAACAUUGUAAACAACAAGAAAUAG